GUUUUACGAACAUUAUUGGAAAGUGAAGUGAAAAACAAGGAAGCAACGGAAUUAUGAAAAGGAGAGAAAAUAAAGAUUGGACAUUGUAGCAAAUGAUGGUUGGAUAAAAAUCCACAACAGCAAAGGAACCAAAACUUGUUGAUUACUUUAAGAGUUAUUAUUCAAAUAGGUGUCAGGAAUUAGGCUGCAUAUAAUAACGUAGUGGUCGCAAACCGAAACAUUUCACGACCACUCCAAGCGGUGGGGAGUGCAGUGAAAAUAUAAAAUGUAUACACGCGAUACGGAAUUGCGACGACUGCAAUCCAACGAUGUGAACCGGCUGGCGGAGACGUUGGGAUUUGAUGGAGGAAGAAAGUUAAUGGAAAAUAUACCAAAACAAUGGUCAAAUCAAGAAGGCUAUAAUGUUGAUGAUUCCGUUAGAGGAAGCCAAAGAUGGAACGGCUCUAGUGUGAUAGAACUGAAAUAUAAGCCAGAACAAAUUCGGCUAAUAGAAGAAGCAACCAGACAAACAAGUGGUUGUUAUUUUGCGGAGAUCUUAAUACAGGAAUGGAGCACCAGUGGUCGCAAACAUGAGCGUCCGACUGUGGGUUUGUUAUUGCAAUUAUUGAUAAAAGCCGAUCUCUGGAAUGCAGCUGAUUUUGUAGCAGAACAUUUCCUAAACGAACCCCCACCCGAACGACCAUUGGAAGGACCAGGUGCUAAAGUUGACAUAUCAAUACCAACAGAAUGUUUGGGAAGUGUUGUAGAUUUUGUAAAUGACUCGGUUGGCUAUCCGGACACUGAAACACUCAAUGAUAAUGUGAAUUGUACGAAUGGAUUGGUCGACCACAAUCGAGAUUAUUACACAAAGAUUGCACCUAUCGAUAAGGACUUAAACACUACAGCACCAAAACCACCACCCCGGACACGAUCCGCCCGUCAUCAAAAUAUACAAAACAGCCUUCAACAUCAACUGCAAACACAACAACAAACAAUUCAAAAAGUACCAACCAAUAACGAAAUAGCAACUGUAGAGGCUAACGAUCGAAAUGGACGGACUGAACGCCAAGAAAAUUUCGAAGUAUCUAGACAGCCUCAAAAUGUCAAUUCGUCAAUGAGUAAUACCAUGACUACACAUAAUGUACCAGAAUUGAGUGAUUUGCUUAAAAGCAAUAGCAGCCACGAUUCUACAUUAAAAUCAGAGGACUUACACGAAAUCCCUAAUCUUUCCCUUCUAGUUUCCAAAUCCGCAAUUCUACCAAGUAUACCAGUAGUUGCUUCAACAUCUAAAGCUGCACCGACAUCGAUGGUGAGUUCUGCAAUGAUCGGAAGUCUACCACUGAUCACUGAACUUAAUUUUGAUGGUGUGGAUGUUGAAGUUUUAAAUGAUUUACAAGGCGACAAUUCUGAUUCAAAUCAAUUACCACAUCAAAUCACAUCCCCUUCGCCAAAUGGUUUAAGUGAUGAUAGUCACUGUAGUAGUUUAAGCAACGACAGUUUCGACGAUGGCGAAUAUAUUGGUGUGAACAUGUUGGAUGCUGGCAUUGUUGAUACUGAGAACGCGGAUGGAAAUUCUUGUGAUCAGAGCCUGCCGAAUUUAAGUGUUUUUGGCCGACAAAGUCCUAACAAUGACUCCAGUUUGACGACGGUAACGGGCACAAGUGGAGACAACAGCUUCGAACUAAGCUUGAACGAGUCAAGUUCAACAUCAACAACAGAUCCCACUACGCAAAGAAAGUAAAGUUGUGUUAGGGUUUCUGGCAUAACUGUUAAAGCUAAACAAAGAAACUAAACGUUAUAUAACUCCUUUGUUGGACGAUAUUAUGAAACUGCAUUCCAAAAGAUACACGCAGCAUUAUUAGUGAGCAUCAAUAUCGAUAUAUAAUAUAAUAUAUUGAGUGCUUAUAUGUACAUUUAAAAUAUAUUAACACUUGUUACAUGAAAUUGAGAUAUAUAUCCAAUGCGAUAAACACAUUAUAAGACAAUUUUAAAUCAUAUUUGAAAGCAUUUAAUGUAAAAGUUUGUAAAAAAUAAGUUGAAACAGAAUUUUAACUCAGUUUAAAUUCUCAAUUCAUAUUUAUGUAUAAAUUGUAAAAUAUGUCGCUUAUAUUUAAUUUAUAAAAUAUAAAAUAUAAUCGAUCUUUUAUUUUAAAUACGCUUUUUUUUUAAUUUCAAACCAAGAAAUACAAUUUUAUUGUUUAAUAUAAUAUAAAUACAACUUAUGUAGUCAUCACUAAGUUGUUGAACAUUACUCAAUUGUGGCAAAUUAAAAAUAUUAUAAGUCUACUAAUAUAAGUAUGAAUAAUGUUUGUGUAACUCGAAACGUUAACGAUUUUUGAAAUUGAGUUAAACUAAUAAUAAAUAUUGAUAACUAAUGAUAACCUUAAAUAUAAAUAUACAUUUUUAUUAAUAAUUGCGGAAAGCACAUUGGUUUUAAAAGGCUAACUGGUUCAAGAUUGAAUUAGAGGUGCCAUAACCAUAUCCAUAUAAAACAGCUAGUUCUUUUACCAAAUAUUGAAAAUAAUAAUAGUUUGUUUGGUUUGUUAGUAUAGUAAUUAAUAUUUAUAAUUUACUCAUCUUUAGAUUGUUACUUUAAUUUUCGUACACAAAAAUGCAACCCUGUCCUGAAAGAUUCUAAAAAUAUGAAAACGAAAUAAAAACAAAACAAAAAGAUUGAAUUGACACAUCACGGAAAACAAUAUAUACAUAUGUACAGAAAGCGAUAACUAAAAUAAAAUUUGCGAGAACGAUUUUUACGAAGUUAAAAUAUAUCCUGUGCUCUUUUACAUACAUUUUUCACAAUUUUUCAUCAAAUGGACGAGUCUGAACUGCUCUUCAAUUUGUUCUACCUCUUAUUAUGCAUGUGUAUAAUAUAUCCACCAGAGGAGUU